AUGGCAACCAUUUCGUCUAUUCCUACAUUGGAUCUCAAUGACGGUACCUCGGUCCCUAUCGUUGGAUAUGGCACUGGCACCGCGUGGUUCAAGAGGUCUGGGGACAGCAGUAUCAAUCAGGAAUUGGUUGACUCAAUCAAGACGGCAACGAAACUAGGAUACUUCCACCUCGAUGGAGCUGAAAUCUACCAGACUGAGGAGGAACUGGGACAGGCAAUCAAAGAGAGCGGGGUAAAUCGAGAGAAACUUAUCGUGACAACCAAGGUUAUCACCAAUAUCGCCGAUAUUCCUCAGGCCAUUGAUACCAGUCUUAAGAAGCUCCAGCUUGACUAUGUGGACCUGUACUUGAUCCAUGCUCCAUACUUUGCAAAGUCGGAGGAAGAGCUUCAAUCAGCCUGGGCUGCCAUGGAGCGAGUAAAGGCAUCUGGGAAAGCCCGAUCCAUCGGCGUGUCCAAUUUCCUACAAAGUGAUUUGGAGACCAUUCUCAAAACUGCCAAAGUGGUGCCAUCUGUGAAUCAGAUUGAGUUCCACCCUUACCUUCAACAUGGCAAUCUUGUUCCUUACCAAGAGAGUAAAGGUAUCAAGACUGUUAGUUAUGGGGGCCUCACCCCUGCCACCCGGGCUCAGGGUGGGCCAUUGGACCCUCUACUCUCUUCCUUGGCCACCAAGUAUGGUGUCAAUCAGUCCGAGAUCCUGUUACGUUGGAUCAUUGACCGUGGCUGUGUGGCUAUCACCACGAGUGGCAAAGAAUCCCGACUGAACAGCUAUUUACGGGCAUUCACAUUCAAACUGACACCUCAAGAAGUUGAUGAAUUGUCAUCCCUAGGGGAUACAUACCAUUACCGUGCAUUCUGGCGAGAGAAGUUUGCAGAGGAUGAUCGUUCCUGA